UAAAAGGAUAAAUUGACAAGUUGACCAGUAAAAGUUGUUAAGACGUUUUAGGGUUGAAAUAAUUAUGAAUAAAAUGUGAUUAUUUACGAAGAAACACACACAAAGUUUAUAAUAAAUAAGUAUUGUAAUUAUUAAUAAAAUAUUUAUAAAAAACAUUCCGGUAUAAAAAAAUAAAAAUGGCAGAGAUUGACGACAAAGAUUCGCAUCCUAAAAGUAUUAAAUUGCCAGCAGCUGUUGAAGUAUUUGCAAACUUAAAAAAUGCCCAAAACUUUGCAAUUGAUAUAGGAUUAUCCCUGACAAAAAUAGCUUAUUAUUCAACAAUAAGCUAUCGCAAAGCAUUGUAUGAUAAUGAAGAGUCCAAUAAUGAGAGUAAUAACGAGUUAAUAACCUACAAGCUGCAAAAGGGAUCACGGCUGCAUUUUGUCAAGUUUGAAACACGUCAUAUUGAAAACUGUCUUGAUUUUGUUAAAGAUAAUCUUGUUAAUGCUGAAAGUUUUCAAGGCAAAAGUAUUAAAGUUACAGGUGGUGGAGCUUUCAAGUACACCAAUUCUAUUCAAUCUAAAUUAGGUUUACUGGUGGAUAAAGAAGAUGAAAUAUCAUGUCUAAUAAAAGGGUGUAAUUUUUUACUGAAAAAUAUUCCAUGUGAAUCCUUCGAAUUUGAGCGUCAUGGAAAUCCAGAGUAUAAAUUUGAAAAAGCUGGUCCUAAUAUAUUUCCAUAUUUGUUAGUAAAUAUUGGAAGUGGCGUUAGCAUAUUGAAAGUGCAGUCUGAAGAAGAGUUUGAGCGGGUUGGAGGUACUGCUACUGGUGGUGGUACAUUUUGGGGACUGGGUUCAUUAUUAACCAAAGCUAAAGGAUUUGACGAAUUAUUAGAAUUAGCAGAAAGAGGAGACCACAGAAAUGUUGAUAUGCUUGUCAAAGACAUCUACGGAGGCGACUAUUCGUCCCAAGGGUUGUCGGGAGAUUUAAUAGCCUCAUCUUUCGGAAAAACAAUGUCUUGCAACGAGAUACCGGGACUGAAGAAUUUUGCCGAGGCAGAUAUUGCGAGGAGCUUGUUGUUUAUGAUAAGUAACGACAUUGGACAGAUUGCUAGUCUUUAUGCUUCUAUCCACAACAUGGAUAAAGUUUACUUUGGUGGAUAUUUUCUGAGAAAUCAUCCGCUUUCAAUGCAUACUAUUUCAUUCGGAAUAAAAUAUUGGUCUAAUGGAAAAGUAAAGCCACUGUUUCUGCGUCACGAAGGCUACUUGGGAGCGAUCGGAGCGUUUUUGUACGGCGCAGAGCAAGCAAACUCUUACAGCUGGUUGGAAAAUUACGCUGGAUCUUCAGGGUUCAAGGACUCGGUAGCUACUGACUUGGGAAUAAAAGUAGAUCAGUUAGAAAUAGACCAAGCUGAAAACGCAGUGAGCUUCUGUCCUUUAUUGACUGACCCAGUGUCUUAUAAUCCGGAUACCACAGACCUGGCCCAAGAUAAAGAAGCUCGGGAUUACUGGCUCCAAUGUUUCGAGGAAUCUGUUGACAAGUUUGUCGCUCGAGCCAUUCACAGUCAACCUCAGAGUCCUACUGCGAAGGAUCGGGCAAGUAAACUCAAGGAAAAAUAUAUCAACCGGCUUCAUUAUUUACAUUUACAACCUUUUGCGUAUGGAACGCUUACUGUCAGGACUUUAUUGGAUACUAUCGAGCACUGUAUGAAAGAGUUUGAUUUUCCGGAUCCUUAUUUUGAGUUGAAAAAAAAUGAAAACGAAGAGGCGCUAAAUUUUUUAAAAAAUCGCCUGGAUAUGUUGGACCAAUUAACAGGAGCUGAAAAACUUAGAGCAUUAAUUUUAGGCGUUUUAGCUGGUAAUAUAUUUGAUUGGGGUGCUAAAGAAGUUGCUAAUAUUAUGGAGUCUUCAACAUUUCGUUUUGAAGAUGCUCAAAAUAAAAUUCCAGGAAGACCAUGGUUAGAAGAUAAUUUAGAUGAGUGGAUAAUGAGACUAAAGCAAGACCCACCACAUAAAUGUGCGGCAAUAUUUGUCGACAACAGUGGAGUCGAUAUCGUCCUUGGAAUCCUACCUUUUGUACGAGACUUACUUCAGCGUGGAACCAAAGUUAUUCUGUGCGCAAACUCAAUGCCGGCUUUAAAUGAUGUUACUUAUCCUGAACUACUGAUUAUUUUGCGUGACGCCGCUAAAAUUUGUAAGGAUAUUAAGUAUGCGUUGAAAGAAAACCGGCUGCUGCCCAUGGAGACUGCCCAAGCUGGCCCGUGUUUAGACCUCAGCCGGUUGAAUUUGGACUUAUGUCUGGCGAUGGUAAAACACAACGUCGACCUGGUGGUCAUCGAAGGAAUGGGAAGGACUUUACACACUAAUUUGUACGCGAAAAUGAAGUGUGAGUGUCUGAAAUUAGCGGUCGUUAAGAACCGGUGGUUGGCGCUUAGACUGGGAGGUGAUAUGUACGCGGUUAUUUGCAAAUAUGAGCGACCGGUGUCCCAGACACAUGUAUUGAGAUACAAAAAUAAUGACGGCAAUGAGUUACUGAGUCAAGAGACUGAUGACUGUGAAAAUAAAAAAGUUAAUUGUGAGAACACUUAAUUUUAUUUUAUUUUAUUUGGAAGAUUCUCAAAUAACAAAUCACGAUUGCCUUAAAUAUUUCAGUUUUACUGAAUUCGUUAAAAAAAACAUAUAAAUAUAUAAAUGUGUAAAUGACUAGAGUAAAAAGUAAAAGACAAUAAGAAAAAAAAAAAUUAUCAAAAAAUCCGUAAUGGAUUGUUUCUGUGAUACUAAUGUUUAUCUAAGUAUUUUCAUUAACAUUUCAAAUUAUUUAUCGUACUUUUUUCUUUUUUGAGUUUGUAUUGAUAUGUAUGAUAAAAUUAAGUAGUGA